GCCAAAAAAAACCCACACCACCAUGAAAAAAAACACCUUACAUCUGUGAGAUGUAUCAAAGUUGGACUGUAUCAAAAAUGGAACACUGGAGAAUCAAUCUGUAAAAUGAUGGUAUUUAUUUAUUGUUUCUUAACCUUGAAGUCAUCUGUAAACUUCUUUUCAAACACCAAACAACUUCUGUCAACACCUUGAAUUAGUGUUUGCAUCCUACAUUGUAAUUCUGAGAGUGACUAUGAAAUGUGGAGGUGAGCUGAGAAUCUGCCAAAAAUGUUCCUGAUGUGACAAGUUCUGAUCUACACUUCAACCUUCUGUCCUCAAACCCUGAAAAACUGGCUAACAGUUUUUGAGACACUGCUGUCCGUGGCUGUUUGCAGAACUACGUUUUCUGGUAUCACACUUGUUAAAUCAACAUAAAUGCUAUUACUGGGCCAUUAGCUCAUCCUGUAGAGGAGUUCUAGGGAAAGUAAAGGAAUGUGCAGCAAUAGUUCCUUUUCUAGUCACAGAGAAAUAAGUUUUGUGUCAUGUACUCAAAAAACUACGGCCAGCACUGGUCUCUGUGUGUAAAGGAGGCGUAUAACGCUGUGAGGCAGGUGGGCGCUCAGCGCUGAGGAGGGAGAAGAAGCCGCGGCCAUGCCCUGCCGCUCGCUGGUGCUCUUGGCUGUCCCGGCGCCGCCUCACCGCCAGAUUUCUUUCCCUCUCCCCUUCCCGUGGCAGCCGCCGGUUCGAGCAGCGGGGCCCGAGGCACGGUUGAAGCCCGACUGCCCCUCGCGGGGCACCGCGCACCUCACGGCGCGCUGAGGGGACGGGCAGGGCAGGAAGGCGCUGGGGCGGCGCCGCCGUCUCGUCAGGGCUGCGGCUGCGCGUCCGGCCGCCGCCUCACCGGCUGUGGGGGGGGCUCCGGUGGGGCGGGCGGGCCUGUACGCUUCUCCCGGCCGGGGAGGGGAAGCAAAGGGGGCCCCUGCUGUGGUGUUGCCCAAGGACGCGGUGCUCUGCCCGCCUCGGCCCCUCUCAGGCCGCUCCUGGCAGCCGGCGCGGCCCCGGGUGUGUGUGGGCAACUGGGAGCCCUGCGCCACGGCACCGUGUGGGGGCUGCUCGCCGAGGAGUUUGUCUCUUGUAAUGCCCUUGGUGGGGGUCACUCACCUUGCUUUCCUCGUCGGGGGCCCUCAAAUCACAUCCUCCAUCUUUCAGGAGUUCCUCAGGGCUGCUGGAAGGGCUGGUCCUCGGCUGUGCCCUCAGCACGGCGGCCCCCACAAGGUGAUGGCUGCCUCCCUUGAGCGCACAACCUUUGAGGAGGAGCAACUUCCUGAUGAGAGGGAAGCUAAGAACUGGAAGCCCAGAAAAGUUAAUCCUAUAAUACUAGGGCAAACCAAAGCAGAUGAAUGUUUGCGGAAGAACAUUCCACGUGUUCUUGACAGUGACUCUGAAGAAAGUGAAUUCUCUGAUACCUCUUCGUAUGAAGAUGAUGUUGGUCGAUCUUCUGCUGGCUAUCAUGUACUGCCUGACCUAGAAGACCUAAAUUGUGAAAUCUCGAAUAUGCUUGAGAAUGUUACUUCUCCUGAGCAGCAAAGUGCUUCAGUGUAUGAGGUAGAGGACUGGGAUAAAGAAUUGGAGGAGUCUGAAAGUAAUCCUUAUGAUGCUGGUGAUCUCUACUGCGGAAGCUUUCAGGAAAAUAAUCCUUUGGUCUCAUACUCCUUGCAAGAGGAAUCAUUGUACAACCCAUGUUGUCACCAUGCGGCUAGUCUUGCUUUUACACUGCCAGUUAGAGUGACUGAGAUUGGCCAGUUUGAUGAUGCUGAUGAAUGAGAUCAGAACUAAGUACGGCUUCUGAGUUGGAUUGUGUUCUUCGCCAAGUUGUGUCAAGCCAUUUGGCUUGCUUGCAGAGUUCUGCUUAAGGCCCGAAACGUCACGCCAUCUCCGAAGUUUAUCUUAGACUGUUUCUGAGGUGUUUAUUAAGCGACUACACCUGACCCCUGGGGACCCAGAGUGCAGGUGCUAGCUGCACGCAGUCAAUGUGUUUCUGGACUACUUUCAGUUUGUAUUAUAUAGAUCUAGGUUGUUGCUAAUUAAUUGUUUGGGAGGAAGUAUUUAAUUUCUAAACUUCAGCUUGGUUGCCAAGCUUUGCCAGCUUUGAUGUGCUGAUACUUGUGUGUCUGGCCAUGUAACUUGUACUUUUCUUUCCUUUCCGUUUGAUGUUAUCAAAUUGGUUCAGAUAGUUCUGAAAACUCUUCCUCCUACCGACUUCUGUGUUGUAGUUUGUUAGUCCAUGUCUAAUAUUCAUGUUUGACAAAAUCAAAUGUGGCAAAUACAAAAUGAGUUGUAUUUUUUUUUUUAAAUGUACUUCAGUAUGAAGAUAUUUGAAAAAUGUAUGUCACAUUUAUAACACGCAUGCGGAUGUAUAGUUGGUAUUUCUUUAUCCAAUAGGAAUGCUGGGUGUUUGACCCUCUCCCAGCAGAGGUUUUUCCACAUCAGACCUUCUUGCAUACAGGCAUAUUAUCUUCCAGUCCCACAGCUGUCUUUAUAACAUCCUCACGUUACGUCAGAUGUGUAAUGACAAAGAAAACAUCUAUGGUUAUGUAAUCUUGGUGUGUCCUGCACACAGCAGUGAGGUAAAGUUCAUGAUAGAUGUGGAUAUUUUUGCUGUUACUUGUGUUUUGACAAAUGAGGAAAUGGGAACACAAAGUAACUCCACAAUGUCUCUAAGAGAAUAGCUGGAAUGAGAACCAUAUCCUCCUUGCCUUUGCUUUGGAAUUAAAAGAAAUGAUCUCAAAUGAAAUACAUAAGUGGAUUUGAUGGCUGAUGACUUAAGAAACAAUGAUCUUCUAAUAUUCAUGUUUCAUUCAUCACUUCUCUCUCAAGAAUUUCUUGAUGACUUUGACGCUGCCUGAUACUGAAGCACAGUACUUGUGCUUGUUUAUUCUCAAGCAAGGAGUUAACACUGGAAGACUUUUUUGUUUUUUUUAAAUCAUCCAAUCUCUGAGACUAAAAUAAUUUCCAUAUUAGUUUGGAAGGAUGAAGUGAAUGAGACAGCGGUAUUUCCUUAAUCUUCUCCUUGAGAGCAGAGAAGUAAAAGAGCUUGGAAGAGACAUUUCUUUUGGUACACUGGAGUUCCUGGUUAAAUCUUGGUACAUAGCAAGCAACCGGAGUAAAGAGCAGAAGCCUGCUGGUGGGAUUGCAACAAGAGGGCCUGUUCUUUUAUUCUUGUCUGAUGGAGUGCUCUGAGGAGUAGUAUUUGCAUUGCAACUUGCUUCAGCAUGCAUCCAGAAUACAUGCUUACACAGAAGGCACAGGCUAACACUCUGUUCUUUCCUCACACAUGAAGAAAGCCCUGUCUCUGCUAAGACACUGGUGGGUUUUGAUAUGUGGACUGCUGUGUAUUGAAUCAGAGGGAUGGGGGAACUGCUCUUUAACUGGAGUCCUGUGGUAGAACAUGCACAUACCUCUUUAGAGGGAAUUGACUAUGCCCAGCUUUUAGGUUUGGAUAUGGCUUCUUUUUCUAACCUAGAAGACGGGAAUAGAAGUCUUGAGCCUGACUGUAGCUGACUCAUCAACUGGAGUAAAACUGCUGACUUGCACUUAUAAAUUCAACAUCAAUAAAUAUAAAUUGAGUGCUGA